AUGACUGAUCGCUACAUCCCCGAACAUCGCCGAACCCAGUUCAAGGCAAAGGGUGCCUUCAAGCCCGAGGAGCUUCGUCGUCGUCGCGAGGAGCAGCAGAUUGAGAUCCGAAAGGCCAAGCGCGAGGACAACCUCGCCAAGCGCCGUGGUAUUGCUACUGGUGAAAACCGUCCCGGUGCCUCGCUUGGUGCCGCCCCCGAUAGUGACGAUGAGUCUACUCCCACAGAGUCUCAGCUCAACGAGGACCUGCCCCAGAUGGUCGCCGGCGUCUUUUCCGACCAGAUGGAGCAGCAGAUCCAGGCCACAACCAGGUUCCGAAAGUUGUUGUCCAAGGAACGCAACCCUCCCAUCGAGGAGGUCAUCAAAACCGGUGUUGUGAGCCGCUUCGUCGAAUUCCUCCGAUCUCCCCACACUCUCGUCCAGUUUGAGGCUGCCUGGGCUCUGACCAACAUUGCUUCUGGCUCUGCUACCCAGACUCAGGUUGUCAUUGAGGCCGGUGCUGUUCCCAUCUUCGUUGAGCUCCUGGCUAGUCCCGAGCCCGAUGUGCGUGAGCAGGCCGUCUGGGCCCUCGGCAAUAUCGCCGGCGACAGCCCUCACUGCCGUGACUACGUCCUGAGCUGCGGUGCCCUGAAGCCUCUGCUAAACCUUCUUGGUGACAGCCGCAAACUGAGCAUGCUUCGCAACGCCACCUGGACUCUUAGCAAUUUCUGCCGUGGCAAGACCCCCCAGCCGGACUGGAACACUAUUGCGCCCGCUCUGCCUGUUCUCUCUAAGCUCGUUUACUCGCUCGAUGAUGAGGUCCUUAUCGACGCUUGCUGGGCGAUUUCGUACCUUUCUGAUGGUCCCAACGAAAAGAUUCAGGCUGUUAUCGAGGCUGGCAUCCCCCGCAGACUCGUUGAGCUCCUGCUCCAUGCUUCCACCUCUGUCCAGACUCCUGCUUUGCGUUCCGUUGGCAAUAUUGUCACUGGCGACGAUAUGCAGACUCAAGUCAUCAUCAACUGUGGUGCUCUGCCUUGCCUCCUGUCUCUCCUGAGCUCCACCAAGGACGGCAUUCGUAAGGAGGCCUGCUGGACCAUUUCCAACAUCACUGCGGGCAACUCUUCUCAGAUCCAAGCCGUCAUUGACGCUAAUAUCAUCCCUCCCCUGAUCCAUCUCUUGCAGAACGGCGAUCUCAAGACCCGCAAGGAGGCUUGCUGGGCCAUUAGCAACGCUACUUCGGGUGGUCUGCAGAAGCCCGAGCAGAUUCGCUACCUCGUUGGUCAAGGCUGUAUCAAGCCUCUGUGCGAUCUUCUCAUCUGCCCCGACAACAAGAUCAUCCAGGUUGCCCUCGACGGUCUUGAGAACAUUCUCAAGAUUGGUGACCUCGACAAGCAGGCUGCUGGCGACGGUGCUGAGAACCUCAACAAGUACGCCCUCUUUAUUGAGGAGUGCGGCGGCAUGGAGAAGAUUCAUGACUGCCAGAACAAUGCCAACGAGGAGAUUUACAUGAAGGCAUACAACAUCAUCGAAAAGUACUUCUCCGACGAGGAGGAGAAUGCCGAUGAAGGCAUGGCGCAAGCCGCAGGCCCCAACGGCCAGUUCGGUUUCGGUACCGCCACCAACGGCUCUGGCCAGGCUGGUGGCUUCAACUUUGCCAACGGCGGCGACUCCAUGGACAUGUAA